AAUGGUCAAACAGAUGGAGUGCAUUGGCAUAUAUUGCGAGCUGUCGGAGGACAACUCCUGGGUAGUGCUUUUAUCCUCUACAGACUUGGUUAUUGUUCGCGUGAAGUGGCAUCAGUGUCCUAUUUGAUUCGUCUUUUGGGGGCCACCUUAACACUUGUUUUGAUUUAUCAUUGCUCUUCGAUGACACCCGAUCUCAUUACGAACGAGGUGAACGUUGAAAUGGAUGAAUCACAUGAGCUAUGCGCUCGCCUUAUGGGUGCUUAUUUCACAACCAGUUACUUGAUUAGUACUCGCGCUCUAUACUGGAAGGAGGAAUCAUGGAGAUUGAUUGCUAUUGAUACACGUGCAUUGAUAUGUUCCUUGAUAUUGACGGCUCAAAUUUGGUCCCAAUAUGCGUAUGAAGAACACUGGAGUGGUGGACAUUGGGUUGGCAUAUCGUUGUUCUCAUUUUGGACAAUCAUUGCAUUGCUAUAUCGUUCCUAUGCAACUUUUAAAAUCAAACAAAGUGAUCGAACUGUCAACAAACCGAAGUUGAAGUAA